AUGGCUUCUUCACGUCUAAUCCUCCUUGCCAUUUCCAUGGUUUUGCUUUCCUCAAUAGCAAUGGCAACGGAUUAUGUUGUGGGUGAUGAAAAGGGUUGGACUGUUGAUUUCAACUACACUCAAUGGGCGCAAGACAAAGUUUUUCGCGUUGGUGACAACCUUGUGUUCAAUUAUGACAGUUCCAAGCACAAUGUUUUUAAAGUGAAUGGUACCCUCUUCAAAAGUUGCACUUUUCCGCCACAAAAUGAAGCACUGACCACCGGAAAAGACGUUAUUGCACUAAAAACCGAUGGAAACAAGUGGUACGUUUGUGGAAAGGCUAACCAUUGCGCUGCUCGUCAAAUGAAGCUUGUCAUUAAUGUCGCUCCUUCUUCUUCUGCGCACUCAAUUGUAUCAUCUAUCUUUGGAGUUGUCAUGAUAGCCACAUUUGUCAUUGCAACCAUUUUCUAG